AAUUAACCAUGAAAAUCGAAGAUUUGCUAAAUGACCACGAGAUCCGCAGAGGGGCUUCUGCGGACCGACUAAUGCCUUUAUGGAAAGAGGAUUUCUCUGAGGAAUUACGUGGCAGGGGUAAUUUAGUAAAUUCACCAAAAUACCUCUUUCCUUCCUUCGCUGCGGAAAUAGACGUUCCUUUUGGGGGAGUUUGUUGCGGAAGACGAAGAACACGGGACUUUGAUUGUUGCAUCGACGGAGCAAGAAUCGAACAAAAAGAAAUGGUGAGGCGAUUCCGGAAAGUGCAAGAAUUACACGAUGAUGUCUUAUCCAAUGGGGAUAAAACUCAUGGUGUAUGUUAGUGAAAUAGAUCACAAAAAUAUGGAUUCUACCAUUGUUACCCGAAGAACAAUUUCUCAGAGGACCAUUCCGAAGAACAUAUCCGCAGAGGACCUUUCUACGGAUUGCAAAGGCCUCUGCGGAAUUAAUUUUAUUAUUAUUAUUAUUAUUAUUAUUAUUAUUAUUAUUAUUAUUAUUAUUAUUAUUUUGACGAUUAUGAAUAUGUUGUAAAUGUGAUUGGGAUUUUGAUAACAAACAAUGUUUGUAAAUGUGACUGGGAUUGGGUAAAUGUGAUUACGCAUUUUGUAUAACUACU